AUGAACGUGAAGUUACCCAGGCUCGCGGAGUCGCUAGUGCGCGACUGUAGCAGACAAGCUACCAAUGCCCCAAAAUUGACAAGAACACUCGCGACGACAAGACAUCGGGCCAGUCGACUCCGAGCUCGCCUCGAGAUACCUCCUCCGUUUCCGGUUACGAAAAGCUGCCCAGAGACUACUUGCAAUUGUCCCACAACACCAGCGCUCCCCGAAGGUCUGCCGAUCGACCAUAAACAAGCGUUGAAUGGGACGAUGGCGGCGUAUGCGCAGCAGCUUGUUGUCUGCACGGGACAGCGGGACUGGACCAGCCGGAUAGAAGACGAUGGAAAAGAGCAGGGAUGGGGUGCACUCGUCCGGGGAUUGAAACAAAUGAUGGGCCGUGGUGGGCCGUAUCUUGACCCAUUCAACAAUCUCCUUGUCACCAACUCGUCUCUCAAACCAUCCGUGCCAAGUUCCACUGCCGCCUCAGCACUACUCUUUCCAGCUUUCAAAUACAUCCCUUCCAUCCCGACCGCAGAUCUCGAAACCUUCAUUCGCGCAUUCCUUUUGCCGACCCAGCUCCAUGAGAUGCACUCCUCCCUCCCUGAAGCUAAGCAACGGGACAUGAUCCGCGUGCCCGACCUGGAAAGCCAGUUCUCUAAGGUCAUGAACAUCCAGCAGUCUCCGACGAUCCUCAUUUGCGGACACGGAGGACGAGACAUGCGAUGCGGGAUCAUGGCUCCUGUGCUCGAGAAGGAGUUUCAACGAGUGCUAAGUACAGCCGGAUUCCAGUUCGAUGGGAGCAGCGGUGUUCAAGACGGGCCGAGCCACAGUAACGUGGGAUUGAUCAGCCAUAUUGGAGGGCACAAAUACGCAGGGAAUGUGAUCGUCUAUAUCCCACCGAAGAUGACGAUGGGUCCAGAGACGACAGGAGAGUUGCAUCCGCUGGCGGGCAAGGGGAUUUGGUAUGGACGCAUUGAACCUAAACAUGUGCAAGGGAUCAUCGAAGAGACCGUGCUCCGGGGGAGAGUUGUUGCGGAUCAUUUCCGAGGUGGAAUCGAUCGCAACGGCGACAUUUUAAGGAUGUGA